AGAUGCUGCAGAUACCAGUGAAGAUGUGUUCAGUGAAGCUGCUGGACUGCAGGAACCUGAUGAAGAUGAGAGGAGAAAUCAAAGUAGAGGAACAACAGAGUGAUGAAUAUUAUGAAGAAACCACAGCAAAGGAACAGAAGCUGAUGGACGUGAAAGAGGAACAUCAAGAGCUGAAUGAAGCAGAGAAGAAACAUCAUGAUUUCACAACUGGAGAAAAAUCUUUGAGUUGCUCAAAGACUGAAAAUAAUUUCUCACCAAAAAAUCCUCAAAGAAGAGCAACAAAGAAAUCUCUUGCACUCAGUGUGAAAAGAAUUUCGCAUGUAAAAAAAAUCUUAAUUUACACAUGAGAAUUCACACAGGAGAGAAACCUUACACGUGCCAUCAGUGUGGAAAAUGUUUUGCAUAUGCAGUUUCUCUCAAAAAUAAUGUCCGACAUCACUGUAGCAGAGAAAAUCCAUUUGAAUAUGAUAACUGUUGUAAAGCAUUUGUUGAGGAUUCAGACCUAAGAAAACACCUGAAAACUCACACAGAUGAGAAGCCUUACAAGUGUUCUUUUUGUGGGAAAUGUUUUGCACACCUGUCCUAUUUGAAAAAGCACCAGAAAAUUCAUACCUUUGCUGGAGUUCAUAUGUGCUUUGAAUGUGGGAAGACCUUUACUACAGUCACCGAUUUGAAACGGCACCAAAGAAUUCAUACUGAAGAGAAACCUUACAAGUGCUCACACUGUGGAAAGAGUUUCACUCUGUCAGGUGAUCUGAAAACACAUGAGAGAAUUCAUACUGGAGAGAAACCUUACAAGUGCUCACACUGUGGAAAGAGUUUCACUCUGUCAGGUAAUCUGAAAACACAUGAGAGAAUCCAUACUGGAGAGAAACCUUACAAGUGCUCACACUGUGGAAAGAGUUUCACUCUGUCACAAGACCUGAAAAAGCACGAGAGAAUUCAUACUGGAGAGAAUCCAUACAAGUGCUCACACUGUGGAAAGAGUUUCACUCUGUCACAAGACCUGAAAAAGCAUGAGAGAAUUCAUACUGGAGAGAAACCUUACAUGUGCACACACUGUGGAAAGAGUUUCACUCAGUCACAAAACCUGAAAACACACAAGAGAAUCCAUACUGGAGAAAAACGUACGACUGCGAUUAAUUUGGGAAAAGUUUAAACAAAGCAAGUACUCUAUAUAGACAUGUAAAAGAGUAUUGCCCAAGAAGUCACAGUUGGUGGUCGACCAAUAUGUGUUUUUCAGUGGCCCAUACCAAUAAGCCGUAGAGGAGGUUGGCCAAUGGCUGAUAUAAAUAACCAAUAUACAUAAUACAUUUUAACAACAACAUGUACACAAAAUGUCUUAAGUGAAACAAAAUCAAGGGAAAGUUAACGCUGCUGUUUAUCGGUCAAGUGAACACUGUUAUUGGCCAAUGACGAUACUUGCAAAAAUCGGUCUAUCACUAGUCACUGUUAGCAAAAUGGGAGAGUACCCACAGUCCUAAAUCACUGACUGAGGUUGAAUCUUAGAUGUUUUUGCCCCUUUGAAAACCCGGACUGUUUCUUUUACUGACUCUGUUCCUUGAUAUACUCCUGAAUACCGCCAGCUUAAACCUAAAGGCUGUCGGCUGGAGCGUUUGUAUGCCAAAACUUGUCUUACAGUUCAUAAAGUAUAUUAUGCUCAUCAUAUGCAACAUU